CCAGAGUGGCCACCGCUGUUCUCUGCAGCAGAAGACCCCCUGCUGCCCUGCUGAACCCAGCAUUUGCCAGCGUAAAGAACAAGGAACCCAAAACAUUGUUCAUGUUUUUUUAUGUUAACUUCAGGAAGAGAAAUAAAUAGCUUCUGCAAGUCAACAAGGCUCAGAAGAAAAAGCAACAGCAUCAGGGUGGUUUGAAAUCUAAAUUUAAUCCAUUCUUAAUGGUCUAUGGUCUUGGUCUUGGUCUACUAAAAGUUCCCUGCCACUGCCAGUGAAUUCUGCUGUUACCUAGGAAAAAGUAAUUAACAAAACAUGUUGAAUCUUGUUGUGUAAUCCUCUCUUCAAAGUAACAUUUGUGCAUUUUUCAAUAGGGAUCAGCAGCUGAUGUAAAAAAUGUACCUGAUUGAAUGCUUAGAGCUAUUGGAACAGAACCUGCUGUUUAAUGUGUAUUUAUUAACUGUCUUUUUUUCUCCUUUCAAAAGUGGAACAUUAUUCUUUUGCAGCAAGGACCUUGCUAUCUUCCUGCUCAUCACAGUUUAAUGAGCUUCAGUGGAAACUGAUGGUUUAAACAACAACAACAACAACAACUAGUCAUGAUUACACCUGCCUUUGUAUCUCUUUUCCCAGGAAAUGUAUUUCAGGUUUGUGUGAAACUACCUAAAGAUUAUCUUCAAUCCAUAUUCCAUGAGUCAUCUUUGACAGCUCUCUUCCCAAGCCACGUGACAUUGCUAGCACAAUUUCAUUAUUAUAGCAUUUGAUUCCCGUUCCACCUAAUUUUGCCUCCAGUCAGAACUUGCUCAUUAUUUUAAAGAAUAUCUGAAGACGCCUAGUCAGAUGCCCCUAGGAAAAUCACAAGCAGGACACAGAAGCUCCAGCUGCCCCACUUCUCUUGAAGGACUAAUGCCUCUGCUUCCUUAAAAGGUGUAGUUUUGUGGGAUACAUGUAUGAUGUAUGACCCAUACAUCAUAUGGCACUUAAAAUAGCACCCUAGCAACCUCAUCCUAGGCAUGUUGACUUAGGAACAAAUCCUUUGCCCACUGGGACUUUUUUCUACAAAUGUGUGAAAAAGGUUGCAGUGAAGGAUAACAAGUGGAAAAACACUCUGCAAUUCUUCCCUACAUAUCUAAUGCAAUUGUCAUUACAAUUCCUUAAAGACUCAUUGCAGCCUUCAUUUAUUCUGCCAUUUCACUGCAAGAUUUACUGAAUAAUGCUGAGAAGCGCCCCCACUUCAAGUCUGUAUGCAUGUGUCAUAUUUAUUAAGAAGUAUUUCCUAGUGAAUUCACUCUAUUACCAGUUACAGGUGCAGGGCUAUGUCAAUGGUACUUGCUAAGGAUAUUUCUAACAUUUCUGAUUAUCACAUAAAUAACUUGCAACCCAUUUCUAACCUUCCCUUCUUGGGCAAGGUGUUGGAGAGCAUGGUGGCAUUUCAGCUCCUGGCAGUCCUAGAUGAAUCUGAUUUAGUUAGAUCCUUUCCAGCCUGGCUUCCGACCUUGGUUGCCCUGGUGGAUGACCUACACUGGCAGAUAAACAGAGGCAGUGUGACUCUCUUGAUCCUCCUGGAUGCAGCGGCUUUUGAUACCAUCGACCAUGGUAUCCUUCUGGGACAUUUCUCUGGGUUGGGACUUGGGGGCACAGUUAUACAAUGGCUCCACUCCUACCUGGAGGGUUGUAUUCAAAAGGUGGUGCUGGGGGAUGCCUGCUCCACCCCUUGACCUUUGGCCUCUGGGGUGCCACAGGGAUCUAUUCUGUCCCCCAUCCUGUUUAACAUCUACAUGAAAAUUCUGGGAAAGAUCAUUCAUGGGUACGGGUUGCGGAGCCAUCAAUAUCUGGACUCUAUCUGCCUAUCUCUCAGGCAGAUUCCAGAUGGUAGAGCUUGGUGACAGUUCCUCUUUAAAACGGGAGCUAUUAUAUGGAGUCCCUCAGGGCUCCAUUUUGUCACCAAUGCUUUUUAAUAUUUACAUGAAACCGCUGGGUGAGGUCAUCAGGAGAUUUGGUGCAGGGUGUUAUCAGUAUGCUGGUUACACCCAAAUCUAUUUCUCCUUAUCAUCAUCAUCUUCGUCAUCAAGAAAUGACAUUCACUCCCUAAAUGCCUGCCUACAGGCAGUAAUGGGCUGGAUGAGGGAGAACAAAUUGAAGCUGAAUCCAAGCAAGAUGGAGGUGCUCAUUGUGGGUGAUCGGAAUUUAAGGGAUGAGUUAGAUCUUCCUGUGCUGGAUGGGGUUACACUCCCCCAGAAGGAACAGGUACGCAGCUUGGGAGUGCUCUUGGAUCCAGACCUCACCAUGGUAUUUCAGGUGGAGGCUAUGGCCAGGAAUGCUUUCUAUCAGCUUCGGCUGAUUCGACAGCUGCAUCCAUUCCUUGAAAAGAACAAUAUCAAAACAGUGGUGCAUCAGCUGGUAACCUCCAGGCUCGACUACUGCAAUGUGCUCCACAUGGGGCUGCCUUUGUACGUAGUUCGGAAAUUUCAGUUAGUUCAAAAUGCGGCAGCCAGAUUGGUCUCUGGGGUAACCUGGAGAGACCAUAUUAUGCCUGUCUUAAAACAGCUGCACUGUUUCCAGGUGAAAUACAAAUACGAUAUGAUAUCGUAUACAAAUACGAUAUGUUUCCAGGUGAAAUACAAAGUGUUGGUUAUUACCUUUAAAGCUCUGAAUGGCUUGGGUCCAGGUUACCUUAGAGAGCACCUUCUUUUGUACGAUCCCUAUCGCUCGUUGAGGUCAUCUGGAGAGGUCCAUCUCCAGUUACCACCGGUACGUCUGGUGGUGACUUGGAACCGGGCUUUUUCUGUAGCUGCUCCUGGUCUAUGGAAUGCACUCCCGACAGAUAUCCACAGUCUAGGCUCACUGUUGGCCUUUAAGAGAGCCCUAAUAACCUAUUUAUUUGGCCUGGCCUUCCAAGGUUUGUAAAGUGUUGUUGUUUUUAAAAGUAUUUUAAUUGGUUUUAAAUAGUUUUAAUCAUUUUUGAAAUGUUUUUAUAUUGUUUUUAGCAUUUUGUUUGAAUUGUGGGUUUUAUGUCUUUUUAAAAAGUUGUUGUACACCGCCCAGAGCCUCUGGAUGGGGCGGUUUAUAAAUGUAAUAAAUAAGUAAAUAAUAAAUAAAUAAUAUGCUGAUGACA